CGGAGGCUUCCUGUCAUGGCACAUCCUGCGGUUCUGCCGCGCACAGCUGCCACCCUUCCCUACUUAACCCUUCGCAUAACAGCCACCUCAGCUGCAGACCGUUGGCGACAUGGGCUUUGCGACGCUACCGACGGAUAUUCUCCUCCUCAUCCUCCGACACCUCGGAGUAGCAGACAUCUUCGCUCUGCGACGGACGUCCAAGGCCCUCGAAGACCUCACGCGCUCCCGGAGCGUCUGGCACGACGCCCUGCACACCCACAUCCUCGCCCGCGGACUGCCGCUCCCCGGCUUGCGCGCGCGUUCGCUCGACACGCUCUCUGCAAUAGAGCUUGAGGAGCUCACCUUCCGUGCCCUUGCUCUCCGCCGCAAUUGGACGUCCUCUCACCCGCGCAGUACGCGGUCUGCCGAACUCGUUCCGCCCAACAUCCCGCCUGGAGCACGCCCACGCAACCUCGCCGUACACUACCUCCCAGGUCGCGAGGGUCGUUACCUGCUCACGAUCACGUUGUACGAUGAGCCGGCAGCACCGCGCAAGUACGUCGUGCAUUGCUGGGACAUCGGAGAAGAGGCGGGCGAGCCGAAGGUCGUUGCGGCGCUGCGAUGUACGGACCUCACAGGCGCGACAGUGAACACCGACCCCAGCCAUCCAGGCAUCCUAGCCAUCACGCGGCGAGGACCCAGCGAUGACGUCACGACGUCCAUCUUCUCAAUUGACUUCCGCGCACGCAACGUCGGCGCAGCGUUCAUUCCGCUGCAGGCAUUCGCGAGCUUCCGCUUCCCGCUCGCGCUCGAGGGCAGCGUCUUCGCGGCGAGCGGGCCGGACAACAUCGUGCGCGUGUUUGACGUCGAGGCGGGCUAUGUCCGCGCCGCGCUCCGUGUCCCCCGCGAGUACGACGACCCCACGCUGCGCAACGAGGAACACCGCUGCAUGGGCGCGGUAGUGCUGCGGGGGCACGUCCUCACGUUCUGCAGGCAGUGGAUACAUCUGUACGCGCUCCCCUCGGUGCCCGAGUCGCCCGACAACAGCACACACCCGCCCCCGGUCGCGUACAACCCGAUUGCGUCGCACGGAUGGCAAUGGCGCAUCGACAGCCUCGUCGUCACCCCGCGGCUCCUUGCGCGCGGCGCUGCUCCUACUGACGAGGACGCGGAGACGCGCGUCCGUGCGGGCGCCGACGAGCCUGAGGACACUGGGCAUGGGGGAGCGGACGAGUUCCCCCCGAUCGACGUGCUCAUCCGCUUCGACACGUGGUUCCCCUGGCCGGUCAACAUCCUCCACCACUACGUCCUCACACCCAACCCUGCCUUCACGUCCUCCCCGCCCGACGCGGUCGCCCCAGACACGCCUGUGUCCAUCCCGUAUUUGCACCCUGGCGGCGGGCCGACGAUGGCGCACAGCAUACCGUCCCCGAUCCGGCUCUUCACGCCGUCGGACAUGGUGCUCGGCCGGCGGGGGACCGCGCUCUGGCUCGACGCGCAGGCGUACGAGAGCGGGCCUGCGCAGGCGGGCGACCACGGGCAGCGGAUCGCGGGGAAGGUGCUCGCGUCGGCGGGAGCGGAACUAGACCGCGACAAGCCGAGCUCGACUGGAGAAGUCGAUGUGGCCGGACAGGGAGGAGAGGAGGUGGGCGCGGGCGCGGACAGUGUGAGUCCGGGGUGGUACAGCGAGGAGCGGGUGCAGACGAUGGUGUUCCAUAUGCAGGAGGAGGACGACGGGUGGAACAAGCUCGCGAUGGACGAGGAUGAGGGCCGUAUCGCUGUGGGGACGGUAUCUGGGCAGGUGCACUUGUUUGACUAUGCGCCUGCGGCCGGGCUGUGAUAUUGAACGCCAGGUUCGUGAGGAUGACGACCCGCGCCGCCUUGAUUGCUUUCUUGUGAUUCCAUGACGAGCUCGGUGUGCGCAAGGAUGUUCUGCAGCAGGAGACCAGGUUAGGCCUUAGGCACCUUACAGUCAUCAUGGCACACAAUCCACUUAAUACGAAGAGGCAACACCGCACACAUCACGAUC